UUUCAUUAAAUAAAAUGGUCUGGAAUCAGUUGAUAUUCAAAGUUUAGGAUCUUCUCUAAGUGUUUCAGGACCGAGCUGCGAAGUGCUUAGUUUACCGCCCAUCACACAAAGUCCAAAUGUUGCGUUAAAACCAAUUUAGAUGCAGAGAUAAUCAGUUUUAGUACCUACUGUUCAUCAAGAGAGUGUCUCAAGAACCUUUAUGGAUUUUGAUGUUUUUCUCCAAGGAAUUGGUACAUAAACAAGGAAUUUUAGUAUAUGGGACAACAUAUUGCAAAUCUAUAUAGCGUGUCGACGGCUACGUCGAGGAGGCAUCCCAGUAUAGUCCCGCCUCCCAGCAAGGAACUCAGCCCUCUCCCCAUUCCAGAGCCACCACGCCUAUGGAAUGUCUGCCUUACGGCUCCGAACCACAGCAGCCAGAGAAUUAUCCCACAAACAUGCGGGCCGAUGGUGGCGAUUACGUUAUUUACAAUCAUCGCAUGGACGAGAUACACCUGGAGGAAGGCGCGAACUCCCAGUACCUGCAGCUCGACACAGUUCAGGGCGUCGCGUCGAGUUCGCCGAACGGCAGCGGCACGUCGAGUCCCGGCUCGCCGAGGAGGGCGGUUUUGACACAUUUAAAUUCGGUACCGCCGAACGAACAGGGAAAUUUGGAGGGGCCGCAGCUGACACAGUUGUCGCAUCACAUCAGCUACUCCGGAAAUUUGGAGUCAUCGGGAAACAUUGCCGGCCCUUUGUACUCCGGUAACGUGGGAAGCUACCCCGGUGGAGGGAUGCCGUUGUACAACGCGGAAUCUCCAGAAAUGGUAUCGCAGAACCCGGCGCAAAUGUGGACCAACUCCGGUGCAGUAAGCACGAGCCAAGGGUUGCAACUCCCGGACGACUACCCGCGGGUCUCCUCCUCGGGCGGCGCCGGAAACAACAGCCUCCCCGGCUUCAAUCGCCUACCCACCUUCCCCAAUCACAGGGGCGCGCCGUACCGGGUGCCGAACCGCGUCCCCUACGCCGACUGGCAGUACUCCCCCGAAAACCAGGGCCCGAUCCAGUACAGCCUGAUGUCGCCCCAAAAUAACGUAAGAAAUCGCCCGCCGCCCGUCGCGGGCUUAUCGGCGGCCGCCUCCUUAUCAGCGAUAGACGGAAGGGCAGCUGAAUAUUUCACCGAAGGGAGAGAAUGUGUGAACUGUGGUGCAAUCGAUACACCUCUCUGGCGUCGGGACGGCACCGGACAUUAUCUUUGCAAUGCCUGUGGCCUCUACCAUAAGAUGAAUGGCAUGAAUAGGCCCCUUGUAAAGCAACCACGUCGAUUGUCUGCUUCACGACGUGUGGGAUUAACCUGCACCAACUGCCAUACAAGCACCACGUCCCUCUGGAGGCGAAACGCGCUAGGAGAACCGGUCUGUAACGCCUGCGGCUUGUACUUCAAGCUACACGGUGUUAACCGACCUUUAGCCAUGAAGAAGGAUAGUAUUCAGACUAGGAAACGCAAACCGAAAGGUACGAAGGAAGUGAACGGAAACACCCCAAACCUAUCGAACUCUCUUUCGACCUCCUCCCCCAACAUCAAGCUGGAACACGGUCUUCCGGGUAUAAAAAUCGAGCACGGACUAGAUAACUACAGCGACAUACGCACGAUGACCUCAAUGAACCACCUCCAACACCCCGCAUCGACCAACAGUUACUCGUACAACACGACCCAGAGCCAGAGAUUAUCACCCUACGGUUCCUCGCAGCCGUCCCCCCAGAUGGGCUACUACGACAUAAUGCCGCAGGCCAGCCCCAGCCCCCCGUCCACCACCUCCCCGAGCCCGAACUCACCACACAUCGUCAACAAUAACAACAACAAUACCAAAGUUAUUAUCAACGGCGAGCACAUGGAUCGACCGACCGUCGUAUCUCUCUCAUCCUAAGUUUGAAGGCGCGCGAGAAUCGCGUCGAGUGUGAUACACAGCUAGGGCAAAGUUUUUUUGUUUUAAGUUAAUGACAAACUUGUUUAUACGUAGACACCCUUUUAGUUUUAGAAUUUUUUCUUUUUGAUUUUUGCAGUUUGUAAAAGUGGACCUUUUUUACAAACUUUUACUAACAAACCAAAGAAUAAAGUUUGUGCAAAUUCUUUUGUUGGAAAGUGCUUAUGUACAAAUAUUUAUGUUUACGUUAAGUUGUAUAGGAUACGAGUUAUUUUUUAUACAAAAGAAUUGUUUAGGUUAUGACGCCUGCGAUUUGACUGAUUUAAUCAAACCCUCCCCCUUCUCUCUCUCUCUAUUAUCAUAGUUGCUGCUAGAUUAGAGUGCCUCUAUCUAGUGGAGAGUGUCAAAUCUAAUCAUUCUGUAACGUAUAGUUUAAUGAGUUAUUUUUUUUUAUUUGUUGUAAAAAUUGUUUAUAGUGAAAGCAAUUAUGUUAUCAACUGUUAAUAUUUUAUACUAGUUUUAAGUAAAUAAGUUUUCUCUAUGUUUACAAAACAGUUUGUAUCGUUUGAUAAUAAAAUUUAAGUUUAACUGUA